AAGUCAGUAGCAUUCAAAGCGCUGUGAGGCUCGCACGCCGCGAUAAGUGUAUGCGCAACCGGCAACAAGUGAAAGUCGUACGCGCAGAUUCCGCGAUUUCGUGUUCCGACAUCUUCGUCUAGUUAUUUUGUUAAGUUCGUUGCGCCAGUGCAGCGGGGAAAGGAGGUCGGUACGUGGCCGCAACCUGUAACAGCUCGUGUUGUGUGUUUGUUUAUUUACUAGUAAGUUUGAAAUCGUAGCCGAGAAAAAUGUUUUUCGUAAAUGGCUAACUAUCGUACUACAUAACGUUCAGUAUCAGUGACCAGUGAGUGCCAGUGAGACAUCCAAAAUGAGUGGCAGUGAGCCGACAUUAACUGAGUCGCCGGUCCCUUUGGCGUUGGCUCGGCUGCAGGGCCGUCCGAAUCGAUUGCCUCGCGGCUUGCGCGCACAUCGGCCGAGUUUGCCCCUAGCCAGCUUGCAAGAGGCAGUCGAUGAAACCCCAAGACGCUUCAGCGACGAACCUUUCAAUCCUGAUCCAGACGACGAUGAAGCUUUCGUCGAACUAGUGAUUUUAAAUAAGCCUUCGCCAUCCGUGUCAAAUGGGCGCAGGGCUUCGGAUGCAACGUUUGCCGAGAGAUACAGAAAACUCACCGAAUUUGACGGUCCCUCACCGGAUAUGCCCCGCCGCGCCUCGCUGGCCGUGCCCGUUGGUACUGACGGCUACGGACCCAGUGAAAAAGGCAGAAGACGGUCUUGGGCAGCACGAUUGCAACUCGAACGUAAAAAGAGACGAAAAUCCGGUGGUAAUGAUACAGAUGAAGAAGGCGAACCAUCGAUUUAUAUACGGCAAAAGCGGCCCUCUUGGUGGAAUGUUUUUGUUCCAGACAACAUGUUAAAAAACAGGUCUAGAAGAGCUUCCCAGCAGUUGUCCAGAAGCGCCGAAAGCAUCGACCAAUCAUACAAAAGGUCGAAGAGUCGUUCAGUGGACCAUGGAUUCGCGCCACCCUUUGACCUGGAGUCACUACGGUCGAAGGUCGAGGGAAGAUUUGAUGCUGUACAGAAAGAUGAGGACGAGCAAGCCAAGCGGUUGCCUCCCCCACCCCCGAUUAAAACGAUGACGUACACGGUGCGAGACCGCGACACGUUGACGUCACUGGCAGCUCGCUUCGACACCACGCCCUCAGAGCUGACCAAGCUGAACCGUCUCGCGACGCAGUUCAUAUUCCCUGGCCAGACCCUGCUCGUGCCGGAUAAGAGGAAAGAUGGCGACAAAGAUUCCGAUGGGCCGUCUGAGAGCGGAGAUAACACGUCGGAAUCAACCCAAGGAGCUCCCAGUGAACCCGCACAAGAAAAAGAAAUAUUGGACAGCUUGAGACCUGUAUCGCCUGAAGCGCCUGCGAGCAAUGCUCCACAGCGAUUCCUUAAGAUCAAUGUUCGGCAUAUAACCGAUGGACAGGGUGUGGUGUCUGGCGUGCUGCUAGUGACACCGAACGCAGUGAUGUUCGACCCGAACGUAUCGGACACGCUGGUGAUGGAGCACGGGCCCGAGUCGUACGGUGUGAUUGCGCCCAUGGAGUACGUCGUCAACGCGGCCAUAUUCUACGACAUCGCACACAUGCGCACACAUGGACCUGACCAUAACGCGCACAAGUAUGAACAAAUAGCGGAUCAAGCUGAAAUAUAUUACAUGAGCAAAGCUGAGCAUUCGCCAGGCAAAGAUUCGCUUCUAGUCAAAGAUGAGACGUUCCCCGAGCUGCAGGCGGCGAGCGGGGAGGGCGAAGGAGGCGAGGAGCGACCCGCUUCCACGGAAGAGGAGCGCGGAGGAGCCGCCUUCCCCAAGGCGUUCGAGCGGGAUCUCGUCACGCCCACCGCUUUGCAGCAGCAGACUACUGAAGAGAGGCGGAAAUCCUUGUUAGAUCACCACUGGGCCAUUCCAAGCAAGGACAGAAUGUCAAUUGACCAAGGAAGUGAGGUGUCGUCCAGCGCGGAUCACGGCAAGGAGGAGAGCCUCGAGGUGUCGAUGGCGGAAGGCGUAGAGUGCGCGGAGGGUGCGGAGGGCUCGGACGCGGAGCGCGCCGCCUCCGCCGCCGACGGGGACGACGCGGCGCACCUCGUCAAGCUGUCCUACCACGACUCGGGGAUCGAUAUACGCGACCCCAUGCUGCAUGUCGCUCCCAACACCUCAAAGAAGGUGUACAGCGACGCGGACAUAGUGCUGUCGGCGGAGUGGGUGCCGCCGGUGUGCCUGCCGCGCGGCGAGCCGCCGCUGUCGGCGCCGCCGCUCGGUGAGAACGAGCGCGCGCAACGCAAGCCGGCCGCUGUCUCUUUCUCGCUCGACGGCAACCAGAAGGACGACCCCACUAAGCCAGAUAAGAAGAAUAAGAUGCUUAAGCGUCUUUCAUAUCCACUAUCCUGGGUGGAGGGUCUCACCGGUGAAGGACAAGCGACAGGACAGACUUCGCAGAGCGACUCUUUGCCUACUUCGGCCGACAGCCAACAAUCUACGAGCGUCUUCUCCAAAGUAUUUAAUAGCUCGCCAAUGAACCUAGUCGAGUUCGGUACUGGUUUGUUCCUGAGUAAAACCCCGUCGGAGGAGACGCCGCACGAGACUCUGUCGGGACGCAGCUCGCUGGGUGGUUUUGGGCGUUCUCACACAAAAUCUACGAGCAGCGUCCCUCAGCCCAAACUCGACUACAGAAGUAUGGUGUCAGUGGACGACAUGCCAGAUCUAUUUGCAUCCUUUGAUAAGUUGAUCCCGCGGCCGGCCCGCGCGUCGGACGACCCGCCGCUGUACCUGCGGCUGCGCAUGGGCAAGCCGGCCGGGCGCCCUCUGCCGCGCUCCACGCAGCUCAUGUCGUACGGCCGCAAGCGCAUGAAGCCCGAGUACUGGUUCGGCGUGCCGAGGAAUAGGGUGGACGACCUGUUCAAGUUCCUCACGCACUGGGUGCCCGACCGGUACGGGCCGCUCGGCGACGUGGCGGCGCGCGGCUACGAGCUCAUCGACAGCGACACCGAGUGGGACGACGACGAGGUCAAGCCGGGGCAGAAGGAACGCGCCGGUAGCACUGGAGAUGUUUCUGAUCUUACGAGAGAGUCAUGGGAGCUGCUGAAGGCGCCCUACGUGAAAAUAUAUUCGAUAAUGAAGAGUCAAGCCGAAGCGCUGGGCGAUUCGCUCGGAGAGGAGCCUCAGCCCGAGGUGCUGUCGAUGAGCGAUGAGCUGCGGCGAGCGCUUUACUCGUCUGGCGCCUCCGUUGACAUGGAGUUCUCGCCCCCCGACCUCAUCGGCACCUCCGAGAUCUUCACCAUGGAACACAGGGAGAAGCUGUGCAGCGUGUUGCCGGCGCGCGCGCAGGGCUACAUGUGGUCGCUCGCGUUCAGCACGAGCCAGCACGGCUUCUCGCUCGCGUCCAUGUACCGCAAGAUGCAGCGCGUCGACAGUCCCGUGCUGCUCGUCAUACAGGACACCGAUAAUAACGUGUUUGGCGCGCUGACGUCAUGCGCACUGCGUCCUUCGGAACACUUCUACGGGACGGGCGAGUCGCUGCUGUUCGCCUUCCAGCGGGUGGACGAGCCGCGCCCGCGAGCGCUCUCCGACAAGGGAGACGAGAUCAAAGACAAGGACGAUGACGUCAAAGAAAAGAAGGACGAGGACAAAGACGACAAAGAAGAACAACCAGCAUUCAAUACGAAAUUCAAAUACUGGGGUUGGACCGGUGACAACAUGUACUUCAUCAGGGGGAGUAACGACAACAUAUCUAUUGGCGCUGGAGACGGCAAGUUCGGCAUCUGGCUGGACGGCGACCUGUACCUGGGGCGCACGCAGCGCUGCACCACGUACGGCAACGAGCCGCUCAGCACGCGCGAGGACUUCAUCGUCAAGAUCAUGGAGUGCUGGACCUUCAUAUGAACUCCCCCCCCAGCUUCAACCUGUCUUAUGAAAUUUGCUACGAGAAUAUGACACCGCAACCCGUCGACCCCGACCGGGCUAUCUCUAGUCACAAGUACUGCAACUCGACGCUUUCGUUCCGUGCCGUCGCGCCGACGCGCCGUUGCGCGGUCGCGCGGUCGCGCGGCCGCGGACGAGGGACGCGCCCGGUCGCGGCCGACUCUCGCCGAGUGCAUCAAUCCUAGUCAAUUGUCGUUCGUAUGUAAGGAGGGGCCGCCGCGGGUGAGCUCCCAACAAGAUUACGUGUCAAUUCAAUUAUUAUUGUAACGUUGUUAACAUGGUAAACGUAUUUGUAAUGACAUACAAUCGAUGUACGAUGUUCGGUAGAAAUUUAUAUUUGUAGGUGGCGCAAUGGGGAAAGGCUCGUCUCAUAUCAGACCAAAUUACUGUUACAUUUGUGAAAACGAAAUUUUACUAUACACUCGUUUUACGGGUUGUUGACUGAUAUUAAAUUGUAACGCUCUAAAAUAAAAUAACUUUAAAGCAUUGUAUAGCUCGAUUUUUUUUCCAUCAAAAUUUUAUCGUUUUUAUAGAACGCAGUUUUACCUAUUAGUAUAUACAUAGCAUCUUUUAUACGAUUAAAAUUUACAAAGUCAACAACCCUAUGACAGUACAAACCAAAGCGCAUAUCACUUGGCCGAGCUUUUCUCAUUGGCCGUAGUGAAACAAAUGAUCAUUGUGUUUAGGAAGCUGUGUAUCGGUGUUACCCAGUUAAUGUUUAUAUAAUGUUCACGUUGUUUUGUCGAUGUUCGCAUUAUUUACCGUAGUACUGCAUCCGAAGGUCUUCUGGCAACAGCGGAGGGAACUUGCCAAAUAAACGAACGUGACUGGUUCACUCUUUAUUAUUAAACUGCAUCUGUAUUAGAACUGGUGACACUAUCAGUAAUUAUUAGGUUUAGUUUACGUAGUAGUGGAGUAUAUAUGUUUUGUUUUCAUGUCUGUUUGUAUAUUAGUCAUAUUCUUAAGUUAGUGAGCAUAAUUUACGUUUACACUUCACUGUGAUUUGAUUGAUAUGGCAUUUUAUUGUAUAAUGGAAUUAUUAUACUGUAACAUUAUCGUUAGCUGUUUAUUUGAGUAUCUUUGGUACACUAUUCACCAUAUUUAGCGGGAAUGUAUUCAAUGUUACAUUCAUAAGUAUUUAAAUUUAUGUUUUAUAAGUAAUGAUAAAAUUGUUUUACGAUGUAAUCGCUUGAGUACAUAAAUGAGUAGCCAAUAAAUUGAUAAUGUAUUAUAAAUUAGUAAAGAUAUAGUUAUUAGAAAGCUUAAUGAAUGUAAUCGUCAUUGUGCUUAGUAAUUGUGUCACUUAGCAUGGUGUUACUCAGGUUUCUGGUCAUAAGUUAUCGCUAACAUGCCUAUGACCCUCUUCGGUAGUUUGUGUUAAGCAUAUUAUACAAGUUUAACCAUAAUAGUACCUUGGAAAUUUUGUGCAAUAUUUUAGUGUAACAUUCUAGUUUGCUGGGUUUUAGAGGACCGUAGAAAUAGUGUUCGACUAUGGAUUUAUGUAAUAUAGACAUUCACGCCGUUGCAAUGUUAACUGUUAAAGUUAAUUGUAUGUGGGCCUUUAUGUGAAACGUUGCAGCGACGUUGCACUCCAAAGGUGGAACCGUGUCGCAUCAGUUGGCUAGGGCAGCUUAUUUUUACAUUAUGUCAAUUAUUCGCAUUGUAGAGCAUGAAGCUAUCGUGAGACUAGUAGCUGACAUCAGCAAAUCCUAUUAUUCUUUCAUUAUAAGGGCUAAAGAUUUAAGCUAUGAGAUUAUUGGUGACAUAUAUUUUUAUGCAGUAUCGUAAUUAUUUGUAAUCGUUCAUAGUUGUAGCGGCAUCGAAAAAUUGUCUAAGGCAUUGUUAAGCACAUUUAUUUGCAAGUGCAUCUGUCCAUGCAGUACUAUAGAUUGUUAUCGUUUACCGUCAGAUUGUCAUAGGAAUCGAACUUGUUUUACGGCAUAUAAUUAUAUUGGCAUAAUUGUUAAAAAAUUUAAUUAUAAUAAAUAUUGUUGAGUAGUAAUGAGGAAUGUAUAUUUAUUUGUUUGACUUUAAUUUUUCAUUAACUGCUGUAGCUGUAUUAUUUCAGGUGAUCUAUUGUAAUUUCUAAGUUGUUAAAAUGUAAAUCAAGCCAUAAUAACUGAGAAUAUAUUCUUUUGAAAAAA